AUUCCAAACGAGACUUCGUUCUGCUUCUGGGUGUCUCCCUCCGCCGAGUUCAGCGAACCGGAACUAUGUAAGAAGAAGAAGAAGUCAGCGUUCUCCCGCCACUGUCCGCUCAGGUCCUCAACAUUAUGGGUGCGGAUUCUCAACUUCGCCUGAAGUCCUUCGCUGUACAAAUGAGGAGUACAGUUUCAAGCCCUCCGUUGUAGGGUGGCGGCGUGGGCGGGACGAGGCGGCGGAGGGAUUCCUGGAGAGCGCGCUGUGAAAUCGGCAGCUGGGCUUGUGGCGCCAGAAUUCAGAGCGCGGAAGAUCCGGAGUGACCGCUACCUGGCACUUGGGACUGUCUCGCGCCGCAGACGCGGCGUCAGAGAUCAGAGAAGAUGGUGGUCCUCCGCAGCAGUCUGGAGCUGCACAGCCACUCCGCCGCUUCGGCCACGAGCUCCCUAGACCUGUCCAACGAGUUCCUCAGCUUGGAACACGUCGGCCGGAGGCGGCUGCGCUCGGCCCGCGCCACCGAGCAGUCCUCAAUCGCUGCGGCCGCAGUGGGCGAUGGGUCUUCAGUGAAGGAAGUUGAAACCUACCGCCAGAAACAUGCUUUAAGGACUUUGAGAAAAAAUGCACAGAAUUCUUCAGAUUCUAGUUUUGAUAAGAAUAUGGAAAUAACGGAAACACAUGCUAAUGGCAGGCAUUUUACAAGGCAAUCGGCCAGACAGCAGGCUAAUAAAAAAAAGGAAGAGCACAAAGAAGCAAUUCCAGUUACUCGGUCAUUGAGGACUAGAAACAUCGUUCAGACUACAGAUCACUUGCAUGAAGAGAACGGCGAUGUUGAAGUUCGACGCAGUUGUAGGAUUAGAAGCCGUUACAGUACUGUGAACCAGUCUGUGCUUUUUGACAAACUUAUAACAAACACUGCUGAAGCUGUUCUUCAAAAAAUGGAUGACAUGAAGAAGAUGCGUAGACGGCGAAUGAGAAGCCUGGAAGACUUGGCAGUGUUCAAUGAAACAAAAGAAGGGAAUCUUAAUAUGUACACAAGAGGAAAACGAAAAGGUAUUCAAAGAACUGAUGAAGAAACAACUGAUAAUCAAGAAGGCAGUGUGGAAUCAUCUGAAGAAGGUGAAGACCGAGAAGAUGAAGAUGAUGGUGAAGAUGAUGGUGAAGAUGAUGAUGAUGGUGAAGAUGAAGAUGAUGGUGAAGAUGAAGAUGAUGGUGAAGAUGAAGAUGAUGAAGAAGAUGGAGAAGAAGAUAAUCAGAAACGGUAUUAUCUCAGACAGAGAAAAGCUACUGUUUACUACCAGGCUCCAUUGGAAAAACCUCGUCAUCAGAGAAAGCCCAACAUGUUUUAUAGUGGCCCAGCUUCUCCUGCAAGACCAAGAUACCGAUUAUCUUCUGCGGGGCCCAGAAGUCCUUAUUGUAAACGAAUGAACAGGCGAAGGCAUGCCAUCCACAGUAGUGACUCCACUUCAUCUUCCUCUUCUGAGGAUGAACAGCACUUUGAGAGGCGAAGGAAAAGGAGCCGUAAUAGAGCUAUCAACAGGUGCCUCCCACUAAAUUUUCGGAAAGAUGAAUUAAAAGGAAUUUAUAAAGAUCGAAUGAAAAUUGGAGCCAGCCUUGCUGAUGUUGAUCCAAUGCAACUAGAUUCUUCGGUACGAUUUGAUAGUGUUGGUGGUCUGUCUAAUCAUAUUGCAGCUCUUAAAGAAAUGGUGGUAUUUCCAUUACUUUAUCCAGAAGUCUUUGAAAAGUUCAAAAUUCAACCUCCAAGAGGUUGUUUGUUUUAUGGUCCACCGGGAACUGGAAAAACUCUGGUUGCUAGAGCACUUGCCAAUGAGUGCAGUCAAGGGGAUAAGAGAGUUGCGUUCUUCAUGAGGAAAGGUGCCGACUGUCUGAGUAAAUGGGUAGGAGAGUCUGAAAGGCAGCUACGAUUGUUAUUUGAUCAGGCUUAUCAGAUGCGCCCAUCAAUUAUUUUUUUUGAUGAAAUCGAUGGUCUGGCUCCAGUACGAUCAAGCAGGCAAGAUCAAAUUCACAGUUCUAUUGUUUCCACCCUGCUAGCACUUAUGGAUGGAUUGGACAGCAGAGGAGAAAUUGUGGUCAUUGGUGCUACCAACAGACUGGAUUCUAUUGAUCCUGCUUUACGAAGGCCUGGUCGCUUUGAUAGAGAAUUUCUUUUCAGCUUACCUGAUAAAGAUGCUCGAAAAGAAAUUCUAAAGAUUCACACAAGGGAUUGGAAUCCUAAACCACUGGACAUAUUUCUAGAAGAACUGGCAGAAAACUGUGUUGGAUACUGUGGUGCAGAUAUUAAGUCAAUAUGCUCUGAGGCUGCUUUAUGUGCUCUCCGUCGACGCUACCCACAGAUCUAUACCACUAGUGAGAAACUACAGUUGGAUCUCUCUUCAAUUAGUAUCUCAGCUAAGGAUUUUGAGGUAGCUAUGCAAAAGAUGAUUCCAGCCUCCCAAAGAGCUGUGACAUCACCUGGGCAGGCACUGUCCACCAUUGUGAAACCACUUCUGCAAAGCACUGUUCACAAGAUCUUAGAAGCCCUGCACAGAGUAUUUCCACAUGCGGAAAUCAGAACAAAUAAAGCGUUAGACUCUGAUAUUUCGUGUCCUCUGCUGGAAAGUGACUUGGCAUACAGUGAUGAUGAUGUUCCAUCAGUAUGUGAGAAUGGGCUUUCUCAAAAUUCCUUUAAUAAGGCUAAAGAAAAUUUUAAUUUUCUUCAUUUGAAUAGAAAUGCUUGUUAUCAACCUAUUUCUUUUCGACCAAGAAUAUUGAUAGUGGGAGAACCAGGAUUUGGUCAAGGUUCUCAUUUGGCACCAGCUGUCAUCCAUGCUUUGGAAAAACUUGCAGUAUAUACAUUGGACAUUCCUGUUCUUUUUGGAGUCAGUGCCACAUCUCCCGAAGAAACCUGUGCCCAGAUGAUUCGUGAAGCUAAGAGAACAGCGCCAAGUAUAGUGUAUGUUCCUCAUAUCCAUUUGUGGUGGGAAAUAGUUGGACCAACACUCAAAGCCACAUUUAUCACAUUAUUACAGAAUAUUCCUUCAUUUGCUCCAGUUUUACUGCUUGCUACCUCUGACAAACCCCAUUCUGCUCUUCCAGAAGAGGUGCAAGAAUUAUUUAUCCAUGAUUAUGGAGAAAUUUUCAAUGUCCAGUUACCUGGUAAAGAAGAACGGACAAAAUUUUUUGAAGAUUUAAUUAUCAAACAAGCUGCUAUGCCUCCUAGAUCAAAAAAGAAAGCAGUUUUACAGGCCUUGGAGGUACUCCCAGUAGCACCACCACCUGAACCAAGACCAUUAACUACAGAAGAAGUGAAACGGCUAGAAGAACAAGAAGAAGAUACAUUUAGAGAACUAAGGAUUUUCUUAAGAAAUGUUACACAUAGGCUUGCUAUUGACAAGCGAUUCAGAAUAUUUACUAAGCCUGUUGACCCUGAUGAGGUUCCUGAUUAUGUGACUGUAAUAAAGCAACCAAUGGACCUUUCAUCUGUAAUCAGUAAAAUUGAUCUCCACAAGUAUCUGACUGUGAAAGACUAUUUGAGUGAUAUUGAUCUAAUAUGUAGUAAUGCUUUAGAAUACAAUCCAGAUAGAGAUCCUGGAGAUCGUCUCAUUAGGCACAGAGCCUGUGCUUUGAGAGAUACUGCCUAUGCAAUAAUUAAAGAAGAACUUGAUGAAGACUUUGAGAAGCUUUGUGAAGAAAUUCAGGAAUCUAGAAAGAAGAGAGGUUGUAGUUCCUCCAAAUAUGCCCCAUCUUAUUACCAUGUGAUGCCAAAGCAAAAUUCCACUCCUGCUGGUGAUAAAAGAUCAGAUCCAGAGCAGAAUGAAAAGCUGAAGACACCCAGUGUUCCUGUGGCUUGCAGCACUCCUGCUCAGUUGAAGAGAAAAAUUCGCAAAAAGUCAAAGUGGUACUUAGGCACCAUAACAAAACGAAGGAAGAUUUCACAAACAAAAGAUGGUAGCCAAAAUGUCACAGAUGACAAAAUGGAGAGUGAUACAGAGGAAAAUCACGACACAAGUGUUGACCCCAACGAGACCGGAAACACAGGAGAGUCUUCAAUGGAAGAAAGUGAGGUGCAGCACAAUGGCUCUGAAAGCAAACUAGAUUUGGAAAAUAAUUCUAGUACCUGUAAUAUUGAGAAAGAACUUGAAUCUGGGAAGGCUACAGCAUGUACAGAAUUGAAAAAAGAUAAGAUUUCUUGCAAUGGAGAUGCUUUAAGCUCUCAAAUAAUAAAUGUAUCUGAUGAAAAUGAAGCAAAAGAAAUGUGGACUCUGCGGAUGACUCGUGCUAGGCGUUCCCAAGUAGAGCAGCAGCAGCUCAUCAGCGUUGAAAAGGCUUUGGCAAUUCUUUCUCAGCCUACACCUUCACUUGUUGUGGACCACGAGCGAUUAAAAAAUCUUUUGAAGACUGCUGUUAAAAAGAGUCAAGAAUACAAUAUUUUUCAGUUGGAAAAUUUGUAUGCUGUAAUCAGCCAGUGUAUUUAUCAGCAUCGCAGAGACUAUGACAAAACAGAACUUAUUCAGAAAAUGGAACAAGCGGUAGAAAACUUCAGUUGUUCCAGAGCAUGAUGUCAUGGUAUCACAUAUUCUUUGUAUUCUGUUUUUUAUUUAGUUCACUUUUGUCAUGUUCACAUAAUUGAUGCAAGAUAAAAUCCUGCAUUUUUAAGGAAAAGAUUAAAAUAGUUAAAUAAAAAUAUUUAAACCUUCUUAAUAUUUAUGUACAUGUAUAAUGUAAAUUACAGAGAUAACUGAAAAUGCUGGGAGUUUGAGUGAACAAGGCACUAUAGUAGUAGUAAUGCUAUGGCAUAUCAGUAGUUGAAGUGUGGCCAACUCUUAAUACGAAGUUACUUGAUAGCUAGUAUUUUACAGCACUGAAGAGUAAUUAGUGACAUUGACAUUUUUUGUUUUAAGCACUUUUAAUUUUAUUUUUUCAAUAAUAAUAUAUUAUAUCAGGCUAGAAGUUAACCACGUGCCAGCCUUUUUGUUGUCUUUGUUUUCUUCAGUGCCCAUCUCCCAUCUGCUUUUCAGCUGCUCCGCCCAUUCACUUAGAAGCCAGUGUUCAAGUCAUGAUUUGCCAGAGGGCCCCUGACACGUUCUGGCUAUGCCACAGUUCUGCACUCAAAUGUCAAAAUCAGUUCUUUUUAGAUAAACGUUUUUAUAAUUCUAAUUUGAGUUAAUAAAUAUUUUAAAUAUUUUUAGUUAAGUUUUAUAAGUAUACACAACAAACAUAUUAAUAACUACUUUGUUAAACAGUUUUUUAUUAAUUAGCACAGAGUUCUUAUAUUUGAAAACUUUAUAUUCUUCUAAAUUUGUGUUUAGGUUAUAUUCUAUAUAUACCUUUUAUAUGCAAUUAUAUAAAUAUUAUAAAUUUUGUAUUAAUGAUACCAAAAAUGCAUUUCUUUCUUAAAAGAAUAAAACCAUUCACUGCUAUGCAUUUGAUUUUAGCAGCCAUUUAAUACUUAUAAAAAAGCUUCUAUUGGAAACCUUCAAAAGGAAUAGGGGAUAAUGACCUCAUAUGAAAGAUUCUGAUCCUAAGACAGUUUCAAAGUUGAGCUACCUUUUGCUGAUUUAUCUGGAUAUUGUGUUUAAAGCCUAAGAUCCAAUAAUUCAGAUACCUUAAUUAAUAGAUCCUAUCUAUGUAAUGCAUAAAGCAUUGCUGGUCACUGAAAACAUACGAGUAUGUGUGUAUUCCUGGAUUCACACACGCACACACACGUGCACACACACACAUACAUAUACUAUUUUUAUUGACGUUUAUUAUAAUUUAUUCCAGAUGCAUCUUUUAUAAGUAGGAUUUUAUUUUGUAUGUAUAAUUUUUGUAAUAAAUUAU